AUGUUGUCCAGCCUGAAUGAAUGGCUGUGGCAAGAGAAGUUCUGGCUGCCCACCAACUACACUUGGGCAGACCUGGAGGACCGGGAUGGUGUGGUCUAUGCCCACCCUCGAGACCUGCUGGCAGUCCUGCCAAUGACACUGGUCCUGCUGGCCGUGCGCAUGUCCUACGAGAGGUUUGUGGCGCUGCCCCUGAGCCGGUGGCUGGGCGUGCAGGACCGAAUCCGGAAGCCAGUGGCACCCAACCCCACACUGGAGAAAUACUUCCUCACACAGAGCCGGAGACCCAAGGAGUCCCAGCUUGCCCUCCUGGCCACCCAGUGUGGCCUCAACCUGAGACAGACCCAGCGGUGGUUCAGGCGACGCUGGAACCAGGAACAGCCUCAGCUCAGCAAGAAGUUCUGUGAGGCCAGCUGGAGAUUCUUGUUCUAUCUGUGUGCCUUCGUGGGUGGCCUCUCGGUCCUGUACCACGAGUCGUGGCUGUGGGAGCCAAGGAUGUGUUGGGAAAAUUACCCAAAACAGCCCCUGAAGCCCGCCCUGUACUGGUGGUACCUCCUCGAGCUGAGUUUCUACAUCUCCCUGCUGCUGAUGCUGCCCUUCGAUGUCAAACGCAAGGACUUCAAGGAGCAGGUGGCCCACCACUUCGUGACCAUCACCCUGGUCACCUUCUCCUACAGCUCCAACCUGCUCCGCAUUGGCUCCCUGGUGCUGCUCCUGCAUGACGCCUCUGACUAUCUGCUGGAGGUCUGUAAGAUGUUAAACUACAUGCGCUGGAGGCUUACUUGUGACACACUCUUCUUCAUCUUCUCUGGUGUCUUCCUCUACACACGCCUUGUGCUGUUCCCCACGAAGUGA